AUGCACGAUGGCUGGGCCCCACCAGACGGCACCACCUACUCGAACACCUUCAAGAGCACGGCGAUACAUAAGGCCUUGUCGCGCCGCUGUUUGUUCACCCGCAUCAAUCGCACCGCAAAAGAGCAUGGCGUUCGCGCUGUCGAGCUCCGAGAGUGGAUCAGAGACAAGGAGACCAUCUUGUCGCUCGCCUUGCUCGAAGCGUGGGCUGACGACGUGCAACAGAAGGACCCGAACGGGGGCAGGAACAAGUCGCCCUUCCCACUGAAGCCGACAGCAGUGACCUGCACCAUGUUUCACCGCUCGUCACGGUGA